UGCUAUUAGCACAGAUAACCUUAUCGUCUCGGUCUGUACGGUCCUCUAACACGUGUUAAUAGUUUUAAAUAUUUUGUUAUUCUUGUGAAUAAGUUUAAUAAUAUAUUAAAUUAUAAAAACAGUUCUAUCAAUAAGGCGGUCAGUUAUAAUGUGUUGAUUUGGAAAGCAUGAAAUUGAAUCACUUCCAAAAAGUCUUCAUUGGAUGGUCAAUUGUUAUUACUGGUGGUCUUUAUUCAUUUGUCAUAUCAAAGCGAUAUGUCGAUUCCAAGCGUUAUGAUAGUAUGAAAGCUAGAGAACGUAUACGAUUAUCAAAUAUAGGAGAAUACGAUCAGAGUCCAAGAAAGUUCUAAUUUCAUCUUUGUGAAAAAAAUAUAUAAUCAUGGCUGGAACUGUACAAAUACCACAGAACCUCACUAACUUGCAACAAGUAGAAUUAGACAUGAUGGCUGAUAUGUAUGGACGUAUGACAGAAACAUGUAGAAAGAAAUGCG